CUUGGGUUGAGGCGCGCGCCUUGGAAAGAUAAGCCCACGCAUCGCCAUGUUCCAUUCUGGCGGUUGAUGGUCACCAAAUCUGGAAAUGAUACGGAUAACGGAUUACCUUACAGAUAAGUAGCUGCACCACCACAGUGUCCAAAAUUGCGAGUGGUUUUUUUGUGUAUCUUUUGUGUGGAGUUGACCAGAGCCACAGGGCAGGGCGAACAGGGCGAAAGGAGAGCGGGAUGGGAUGGAUUUCAGCUGUACUCCGUACCGUGGGGUACAAAGCAGCUACACUCGAGAGAGCAGCUGAUUGUUAGAGACACGCCCCCUUUGGUCCAGGUCCAGUUUCCAGUUGCUUUACCCGUCACGAAGCAAUUGCUGGGGGGACUCUAUGCGUGGUCACUGGUUGAUGGGUGUAGUCUUGGCACUUCUUUGGAAUGGCGCAGUGUGCGAGGUCAAAAGUCAAAUAGAUAUCCGUACGAUAUUCGAAAAAAAGAAUCGCAAUGGAAGAAGAAGUGCGACUGCCAUGUUGGCGUUGCAGGGGCAGGUAUUGAACCGGGGAUUUUUUCAGCUGAAGCUCGCAGUUUCUCACUUGCGACUUUGAGACGCAGGUUUAGUCAGGUCUGGAGUGUCGAUCAUCUCUAACGCGACGGUUUUGAACUCGGUGUAAGAGGACACGUCGUCGCGUAGGCGAACUAAGGCCUCUCUGUAAGAAAAUAGCCCGUGAUACACGGUACGCCUUCUUAGUUGUGAGAUGGUUUGCUUGAGACUAGCUUCGUUGUCUCGAUCUCAUCCAAG